AUGAGAAGCGUUACACCAGUGACCGCUAUCAAAGGAUCUACUCUAUGCUUGUCUGGUUACAACCUGAUGUUGAAUCCUAUUGGUAGUUACUUUGGCGGUGGUGGUGUUGGUGGUAGCAACAACAGUGUUAAUGAUAACAAGAUAGUUACAGCAGGUGUAAUCAAAGCUAAUAAGAAACAAAAGAUAGAAAUACCAUUUAUCUCUAACAACAACAACAACACCAUCAAUAACAUCAACAACAAUAAUAAUAAUCUAAUUAAUAACAAUAUGAUGAUGAUGAAUAAUAGCAACAACAACAACAACAAUAGUAUUAUCAACUUUAAUAACAGCACAAUAACUGGUGGUGUAAAUACCAAUAAUAAUAAUACUACCAAUAAUUACUUUGAUACGACAGCGUCUUCACUCUUGAAUACCUUGUUGGGUAAUCUUCAGAGUCAAUCGCCAUCUGCCUUGCUCAGUACUCUUCUAAAUGGUUUAAAUAGUUUAAACAACUUUAAUAAUAAUUUAAAGAAUAACAACAAUAAUAAUAAUAGCAAUAAUAAUAAUAAUAGUUUGGUAUCAAGUAACAAUAAUAACAAUAUUGUUAACUUUAAUAAUACUUUUAAUAAUAGUAAUAAUAAUAUUGUUAAUCAAUCCGCAACUAAUCAACUUCAACAACAGCAACAACAACAACAAACACCAGGAACUCAUAUCAAUACCAAUGUAUUGACAUCUAUACUUAAGAAUUUAGAGCAAGGAAAGAAUAAUAAUGCUCUGCAACAACAACAGUUGCAACAACAAUUACAACAACAGCAACAACAAUCGAAUAUUCAACAGCAACAACAAAAUUCAUUUUUCCCAUCACUUGUAAAUACAACACAACAGCAACUACAGUUACAACAACAAAUUCAACACUUACAACAAUUACAACUUCAGCAACAACAACUUCAACAGCAGCUACAACAACAACAGCAGCUACAACAACAACAAUUACAGCAACAACAACAACAACUCUCCUUUGUAAAUAUCAACAUAAGUAACGAUAACAACACAAUGAAUGCGCAACAACCACAACAACAACAACAAUUCAACUUUAUUAAUACAAACCAAGAUCAAUUGAAUAAUAACUAUAUAGACCAAUCUCAAUAUUUAUCAAAUAAUAAUAACAAUAACAAUAACAAUAAUAAUAAUAAUAUAUAUAACCAACAAUUUGUGAAUCAACAAAACACUACCAAUAAUAAUAAUGGUUAUGGUCAGACACCAACAUCGCCAACAUUCACAGUGGACACUAACCUGUAUCAAUCAACAUUUUUGAUGGACAUAUUGAAUAACAACCAAAUGUUUUCACCGGAUGAAUCAUCAUUUAAAUAA